UUCAUUCAUUCGGAGGAUUACAGAGAAUGAGGACUACGUAAUCACAGGCAAAAUUCUUAUUUUAUGUGCUGCUCUCUUCUCAACGGCGCCACUUCAAUCACAAGCAAAAUUCUCAACGGCGCCACUUCAAUCACGAACAGAGGAAAGCUAAGAGACAUGAAUUAGUUUGAGAAUACAAGGCAGAAGAUACCCAAUUUGUGGAAUUGGAAGCAACAGUGAACACAAAGCAAAAAAAUUGACUUUGCAAUUUCAAAGUGGAGACAAAGUUUGGGUUUUUUCUAUAUUCUUGAAGAGUUUGCAGAUGGCAUCAAGUGAUAAAAAUGAGCGACAUCGGAGUAAUAGUUUGCCUGGGAAGAGUACUAUUAAGAGUAAGCGUGGGAAGAAUACUACCAAGAGUCAAGGAAAAUCAACCGUCUCUACAUCGAGGGCAUCUCAUUCUUCUAUUCCACCAUUGCAUCCUCCUUCACAUGGCCCGUCAUCAAAGAGUAAAGAGAAAUCAACUGUAUCUACACCGAGUCCAUCACUUUCUUCCAUUCCACCAGUGCAUCCUCCUUCACAUGGCCCGUCAUCAAAGAGUAAAGAGAAAUCAACUAUAUCUACACCGAGUCCAUCACUUUCUUCCAUUCCACCAAAGGCAUCCUCCUUCACAGGGGACGUCAUCAUUUUCACAUUCUUUUUAUGGUACUCUGCCUCCCCUAGGCUAUAGCUUGAUCCCUCCCCCGGGAUAUAGUCCAAUGCCUCCACAAGGCUAUUCCGGGAUUUCACCUACUGCACCUUUCUACAAUAUGCCUCCCCCAGGCUGUUCCUCGAUGCCUCCCUCUUAUAUAACUCCACCUGGAAUGCAUUCCGCUUACCUCGCUGCCAUGGAACGAUGUCCAUCUCCAGAGACUCCUUCGUCAGAGGCCACUCGAUCAGCCAGUCCACGCCUUUCUAGGCUAAAUGUUGGAUCGAGAAAUUCUGAGGCAUCUCCUAGCCGUUCUUCUACUCCGUCUUCAGUUGAUGGUCCAAAUCUUCCAUCACCUGGAAAGUUAGAUCAUCUACGGAGGGUGCGCAUCAUCGCUGAUGGAGAAGGUUUUAUCCUUCUAGGCCACCGCAAAUGCAAUCUCAACAAAGAAUACAAAAACUUUAUAGUGGUGCCUUCGCGACGUGGGGUGAAGUGCCGUGUCAUACGCAAAGCAGCGAUCCUUAAUGAGUUUAUGGUAUGUAUUUGGUAGAGUUGAUAAAGAAAAAUCACAAAGAAAAGGGAAAUCUUUCAUGUUUAAAAAGUGUGACCGAGUUUUCCAAACUAGACACUACUUCUAUGUAAACAGAUUGCUUAUUAGAAAAUCUGAACCCAGCAAGUUGCUGAUGAACUUAGCAACAAGUAUUAACAGUUUGCUGUAGAUUCUAAUG